AUGUCGCAGAUGGCAUGCGUGAUGAGGCUGGCGCUGGUCGCCAUGCUCUUCGUCGCGGUCCUCACCUCUAGUCAAGUUUCGGCCGAUCAGGUAGCUCAUCCGCCUCGUCACGCUCAUCCAGGCCUGCGCAAGUCGGUCUUCGGGAGGCGUUCUACCAUGAUGCCAGACCCGUCCGACCCGGACUGCCCAGAAGGUGACGAAAACGGACCAUGCCAUCUCCAGGAGGUAGCCCAGAGCCUGGCCGACAAAUCGGAGAAGGCUGGAGGCAAGGAAGAGACCUAUGAGGCCGUGGUACCCACUUCACAGGGCGAUACCCAUAUCGACGUCCGCGCUCGAUCUGAGGUGGGCAAGAGCGGCUCGCACCGCUCUUGGUCGUGGUCGUCAUCGACCCAUUCGUCUUCGCACUCGUCGUCGUCGUCCAGCUCAAGCUCCAGCUCCAGCUCUAGCUCCAGCACCUCGUCUGACAUGCCUUUGAGCGCCUCGCAUGAUCAUCCGAGUGGACAUCACGCCGCUUCGACGGGCGAGCAGCAGCACAACUCCCACAGCGACCACAGCGGCCACAGCGACCAAGGCAAGAACGUCCCGGCAACGCAAAUGGAGGUGCGCUCGCCUCCUCGUACCCGUGCCCGUCCCCAAGAGGUCGAGGGUAAAGAGACGGUGGUGCACGCUUCGCACAGCCGUCAUACGAGUGACACUACCAAGUCUGUCUCGACCUCGGAAGACGAUGGAGACGGCAAGGUCAAGAAGCACAAGACCGAGACCAAGACGCACGACACUUCGUCGUCGUCGUCGUACAAGAGCUUCACCAACGUCUUCCACUACGUCAUCAGUGGAGACAUGCAGCAUUCCGGAAACGAGGCUCCCUUUGCCGACGGCCACAUUGAGUGGAGCCAUACGCCUGUCGAUGCCGCUGCUCUGGCCAUCGAAGCGCAGAUUGGCCGUCCGAUUCUGCGACCUGCCCGUGCCAAUGUCUGCAACCGUCGCUUCCCAUGGAAAGGCAAGCAGUACACUGCCGUGGACAGGGACCAGCGAUUUGACGACCCUUGGCCGAGAGAGGCGCUUGACGAGGUCUCAAAGGCUGCGCUCGAUCUGCACAACCAGGAGCGUGCUCGUUACGGGCUGGUGCCGCUGCAGUGGAAUGCCGAGCUGGCCAACAUGGCGGCCUGCUGGGCCGAUCUCAAGGCGUACGGCCACUCGGAGGACCACUACUGUGCUUCGGGCGAGAACAUCGCCAUGGGUGCUGGCGACACUUGCUACGGCAACCCGCUUCAGGGCAUGAAGAAUGCCAUCAUGUCGUUCCUCGACGAGGACCGCAACUGGGCGCGAGAAGCACACCUGGCGGACGACGACGGCCACUGGACACAGAUCGUGUGGAAGGACACGCGCUUCGUGGGCUGUGCAGUGUCUCAGCGAAAGGGUCUUGCGCAGAGCUACAGCCACUCGGGCGGUGCUACGAUGUACGUCGUUUGCGAGUACUAUCCGUCCGGCAACGUGCAGGGCCAGUUCGAGCACCAGGUGCCGCGCGUCAAGCCUCUGCCUCGACUUCGAUCCCAGUGCUCGGCCAACGAGGUGCACACCAGGCGCUAA